AUGUAUGAUGAUUUAGAUUUUCCAAUGUGGCUUGAAGGUCUUGGUUUAAAACAUCUGACGCGUUAUUUUGAAGGAAAAAGGUGGGAAGAAAUAAUAGAAAUGGAUUGGCAAGCAUUGGAUGUUUUAGGCAUUGAAUCUCGACUAAUCCGAGCGAAAUUAGUUAGUCAUUUUUGGAAAGUUAAAAGGGAUAUUGCUAUUAAAAAAGGAAUAACCUUACCAGAAAAAAAAGAAGAAAAACAUAAACGAGAGCUUACUGUGGACGAGAGGGAAAUUAUUGCUCAGCGCGAAAAAUUUUACAAAGAUAAUUAUAUUAAUAUUAAUUAUAAAUUAUUAGAAGACUUCCCCGCAUGGCUUGAUGGACUUGAUUUGAAAUAUCAUAUUUCACAUUUCGAAGGAAAAACUUGGAAUGAAAUUAUCAAUUUGGAUUCACAGGGCUUAAUAAGUAUUGGUGUCAAAUAUUUUACGCCCAGAGAAAAGUUGCUUACAUGUUUCUGGUUUGUCCAACGUGAUCUUGCAAUGAAACAAGGUACAAAGUUGCCAUCAAUAGGAUUAGUUAGACAUCGGAGGUUUUUUAAAGAUCGACUCGCUGCUGGAUCAAUUCCACCAGAAAUGUUGGCAGAAAUUCAAAGCAAAAAAGCC